ACGUCUCGUUCUCUUCCCCGAUUGGCUCAUUCGUACAGGCGUGAUCACGUUGUCAGCGGGGUUGCAGUCUGAUUGGAUAGAUUGCUCGAACUGUCCAAAUUCAAACCGCGGACUCGGAGCAGAGCUGAGCGAGGCGUCGUUCAGUACAGACCGAGGAUUAUAAAUAGCGGAGAGCCUGAGCGGGCCGGGACUGAGCAGGUAAGAGGCGGCAAAUGAGUCUGCAAGCUGUAAAUGAUGAAAAUCUCCCAAACGAAAUAACAGCUGAGUCGUGUGACUUCCUGUUUACCCCUCCUGAGCCUACCGGCCGACCCUCCAUCCUGCGCCCUUCACAGAAAGAGAAUAUUCCUCCCAAAAGCGUCUGCAAAAGCAUGAAGGUCACUUUCCAGACUCCAAUGCGGGACCCUCAGACUCGCAGGCUUGUAAUCCCCACUUCAGGCUCCAAACCCGAGAAUUUCCUCUCGCUGGAAGACUGUACACAGGCGCUGGAGCAGCUCCAUCUGUCUGCAGCUGAUACUUCGAGCAGUGUAAUUCCAGAAGCCACAACUGUCACACAAGAUCCCCAGACUGAAGAUGAAACCCCAGUGAGAAGCAUUGGUGCCUAUAGCAUUGAUUUCGAUCAAAUGGAUGAAAUGAAUCCAUUCAAAAGUACGAAGAUGAUGCAGAAUUCUCCUGUGAAACUGGAUUGUGGCUCAACAAAUAUCCCAGAUCCUCUGGCUGAUCUAGAGGUUAAAAGCUUGCCUGAGGCCCCUGAUAUUGCCGAUAUUGCCCCUGAAAAUGUAUCUGCUUUGAGAGCUAGUCCAGAUAUAACAGAUUCUCCAGUCGUUGUACAGUUUCCUCCAGGAGGUGAUGGUUUAAAUACUUCUGGUAAAUCGGCAUUAGAUGACACCGUUCCUCUGACGGCCAACACUGAUGUCCAGGAGAGUUUGUCUUCAAAUCCAACAACUCUUGAUCAAGACAAAAAUAUGAUUCCAGCCGAAAAGGAAGAUGCUAGAGCAGAUGCUAUAGCUGAUAUAAUACCAGCUGAUGUCACUGAGAAUGUAGAUUUGUCACAAGCUGAUAUUCCCAAAUCUCCACCAAUUCCAAAAGGGUCUUACAAAUUUGAUCUUGAUGAGAUUGAUUCCAUAGAUCCCUUUAAUACUGGUGGUACAAAGCUGCAAAACUCUCCCAAAAAACCUGUCCCAGAAGAAGGUAGAGGUGAUGAAGCAGGGCCAGUCAAGCUAGAAUUUGAUUUUGGUGGUAGUGAUGCUCCUCGUAAGCCGCCACCUAAAAGACUGGGCAAGAGACUACCUGUAAAAUCUACGGCAAAGAAGCCGCCUGUGGCCAAGGAAACAGUACCUGAGAAGCCAAAGGUGCAGGAUCCUCCAAAACCAGCUGAAGAUGACGUUAUUGUUCCUAAAGCUGCUUACAAUUUUGACUGGGAUAAGUUUAAUGAUCCCAAUUUUAACCCAUUUGGAUGUGGGGGACCAAAAAUGGUUGCUUCACCUAAAGUCCCCAAAACUGAAAAUGAAGCUCCAGUUGUGGAGAAAGAGGACAUUCCGGCAGAAGCAGCAAGCGUUCUAGAAAAGACUGACACUAAUAAAUCCAGAUUAUCUGAACCAAUUGAGCAGCUUCCCCAAGACUGCCCUAUGACAGAGGACAAUCCUGUGAGUGUAAGCAGUGAUAAUACUUCUCAGGAACACAAGGAUGAGAGCACUGAUUUAAUGGAGGCUAAAGAGGGCACAACCCCUCACGUUGACGAAUAUUCUUCACAGAUUAACACUGUAUUGCCAGAUCUGCAGACCGACUCAAACUCACAGCAUGGCGCCCCGAUUAUGGAUUUCAGUCCUGCCUUGGAACUAGACUUCAAACCAGCCGAGGAGAUGGACUUCAAACCAGCCGAGGAGAUGGACUUUAAGCCAGCUACUGACUUUGGAUUUGACUAUCUUGAGAACUUUGGAACCUCUUUAUUUAAAGAUUCUGCUCUGAGGAAGCAGUCCCUGUAUCUGAAAUUUGAUCCUCUGCUGAGAGAGUCUCCUAAGAAGUCUGCGGCUUCAGACAGCGACCUGAUGUGCAACUUACCUCUGCGCAACAACUUGGCACUGUUUGGAGCCUUUCCUAAAUCAACGUAUCCCUCCACCCUGGAAACUGAAGAGAAGCCUGAAGGCCUUGACCUCCUGGGGACGUUUCCUGUUACUGACACGGCAUCUUCAAUUCCAGAAAGUGCGAGUUUACAGCCUGCUCCUGACUCCUUCCUCCUAACAACUGAUGUGGGGGCAAUUGUUGAAGUUCUCAAGUUCAGUCAGAAGGACAUGAAUGCCGCUAUAGAGACUGUUCGGCGAGAGGUUCAGGAAAAAGAAUUGGAAAUUUUCGAAUGGAAAAAUAGGCACGAAAAACUCUAUCUUGAAUAUGUGGAGAUGGGGAAAAUUAUUGCUGAAUUUGAAAGCACAAUUGCUCAAAUACUAGAUGACUCUCAAAGACAAAAGGAAAUGGCAAAGCUAGAACUAAAUAAAGUGGUGGAGGAAAGGCUGCAAGUUCAGGCAGAUUUAAACUCUAUGGAAAAAUCAUUUUCUGAUCUAUUCAAAAGAUUUGAAAAGCAGAAGGAGAUUUUGGAUGGAUAUCGCAAGAAUGAAGAGGCCCUCAAGAAAUGUGUUGAGGAUUACGUGGCCAGAAUUAAGAAAGAAGAGCAAAGAUAUCAGGCGCUGAAAGCGCAUGCAGAAGAGAAAUUGAACCGAGCUAAUGAGGAAAUUGCUCAAGUAAGAACUAAGUUUAAGUCUGAAACAACGGCACUCCAGGCAACACUACGCAAAGAACAGAUGAAGGUCCAGGGUUUGGAGCGCACAUUAGAACAAAAGGCAAAAGAAAAUGACGAACUGACAAAAAUCUGUGAUGACUUAAUCUUGAAGAUGGAAAAAAGCUGAGAAGUUGUCUCGGCACUUUUGUACUAUAUUGUAUGCGUUGUUGCACUGUUUUGUCCCUUUUAUAUGUUGAGAACUAAUAAAUAGAAUUUUUAACUUAA